UUUCUUACGGUAGUCUUCCGCCGCGCGACCUAGUACUUCGUAGCAGCCGGGCAUUUUGAGGACUAUACGUGUAUUUAUCGUUACCAAAUGUCGGAGGUAGAUAUUUCCAUCGCGUCGAAUACCGGAAGUCGUCGGAAUAGCGUUUAGUUCUGGGGAAAAACAGCCUAUCUCUCAAAGGCGUUUGAAAUCGGACACCGCUGGCGUUGAGGCCCUCACUUUAGCGCGGAGGGAUACGUUGUUGCGUCUGACAAUGUGGACGGAGGUGGUGAAGAUGUCUACGAGAAGAAUGAAAUCAUCUCAGUUGUAACAACAAAAACGGAAGACGCGAGAUUAGUAACUAUAAUAGAUUUGUUUGCACACAGACUUGUUACAUUGAAGCAAACACGUGGGCGCUGCGUGGAAAUAGGGCUUCCCCGGACAAAAGGAAGAAUCCACCGAGCUCCGAUGCGUUUCAUGCAGUGAGGUCGAAAUUCUCUUGAAGUUUUAUGUUUUUCCCCUUGCGAGUCUCCGCUUUUCUUCUUCUUACUGUGGGAUAUCAGACGCUCGGAGAGGAGAGACUGAAGGGUAUGAACGAACAGCAGCAAAGAAUGGCUGCAGUGGGAACUGACAAGGAACUCAGCGACCUCCUGGAUUUCAGUGCGAUGUUCGCGCCUCCAGUAGCCAAUGGGAAGAACAGGACAAUGACACUGGCCAGCACUCAUUUCGGUGGAACAGCAAUAGAUGAACGCAGCAGCUCUGGUUCUUGGGGCUCCACAGAUCAGAACAGCCCUUCGUUCAGCCAAGGACGGGGUUAUGGAGAAGGAGCCCACUUCAAUGAGCAUGAGGGCCUGUCUUCUCCCUUCAUCAGUUCAGGGAUUACUGGUAAAAACGAGAGGCCGCCGUAUCCUCCCUUUGGAAGCCAGCCUGGUUUUCUUCCAAGUGACAUAGCGAUGCCCAGCCCAGAUGCCAUGUCUCCCUCUGCGCUGAAGUCUGGCUCCCAGUUUUAUCCUUCAUACCCCAACAACCCCCGGAGACGGCCGCCCGACGGAAGCUUAGCAGACGCCCAGCCAAAGAAGAUUCGGAAACCCCCUGGCCUGCCGUCCUCGGUGUACGCCACCACAUCUGGUGAGGAGUUUGCCCGGGACAAUGCAGGAUAUCCUGGUGGAAAAGCGGGUGCCGUCUACCCGGGAUCUUUCUACAUGCAAGAAGACCCCUGGUCCUCUUCUGGCUACUCUGCCAUGCUUGGCAACUCUCCUCACAUUGGACAGCCAGGCUCCUUCCCUCCGAUCAACCCACAGGACAGAAUGAAGCAUCACACCCUUCCUCUGUCCCCACAGAACUAUCCUCUGCACGGCAGCGAGGUAAACGGCUUCCACUCAGCCGCCACCACCUACAACCACACGCCCGCCAUCAAUGGAGAAAGCAUCAUGGCCAACAGAGGCACCACAGCAAGCAGUUCAGGGGACGAGAUUGGCAAAGCUCUGGCUUCAAUUUACCCAUCGGACCACAACAGUAAUAACUUCUCCUCGGCUCCCUCCACACCUGGAUCUCCUCAGGCCAUUGCAGGAGCUCCGUCUCAGUGGCAAAGACCCACCACACCCAACUAUGAGGGGCAGCCACAUGCACUGAGUAAAAUGGAAGACCACUUGGAAGAGGCCAUCCACGUGCUGCGUAACCAUGCUGUGGGCCAGAGCCCGGCUCUGGAGGGGGCUCACGCCGAGAUGCACAACCUGCUGUCCUCGGUGCACAACGGGGGCUUGGGAGGCCUCUCUCCAGCCUUCCCCAGCGCCAGCCUCGCCCUCAGCAACCGGCAUCCUGCUAUGCAGGGAAGUAAACAUGAGGAGCCCACAGGCCUUCCUCCGAGCAGCACUCUGCUGCACGGCCAUCACGCAUCUGGAUCCACACCGGCAGUCGGCCAGCCCGAAGGCUUCACAAGUCUCCCUGGUGGAUUGGCCCGCUCCACACACUCCUCCAGCAGCUCAGACAUCAAACGAGAAGACAAAGAGGAUGAUGAAAACUCAUCUGUCGCAGACAAGUCGGAGGAUGACAAGAAGGACUCCAAGGCAGCACGCAAUCGAACAAGAAAGGAGGCGUUGACCCUCCAGAUGUUCUCUGGCCUAUCAGACCAGAAAGAUGAGUCUCAACUCUCUUGGUCUGUUGGUAGUCAGGACAACGAGGAUGACGAGGACCUUCCCCCCGAGGUGAAGAUGGAGCGCGAAAGGGAACGGCGAGUGGCCAACAACGCCCGGGAGCGCCUCAGAGUGCGGGACAUCAACGAGGCCUUCAAAGAGCUGGGGAGGAUGUGCCAGUUACACCUAAGCCACGACAAACCACAGACCAAACUCCUCAUCCUGCACCAGGCCGUCAACGUCAUCCUCAACUUAGAACAACAAGUCAGAGAGCGCAACCUCAACCCAAAGGCAGCGUGCUUAAAGCGGCGGGAGGAGGAGAAGGUGUCCGGGGUGGUGGGAGAAGCCCCCAUGCAGCUCUCAGGAGGCCACCCGAGCAUGGGGGGGGACGGCCACAAUCCGGUUGGCCACAUGUAACACCAGACCUGGUGGUGUUUCCCUGGCUGUCAGAGGAUGUGGCCUUAACAGAUUUCUUCCACCCAUUAUUCUCAGUGUGUGUGUGUGUGUGUG